UUCCAUUUAGUUUUGGAUCGUCGUCAGCCUAGAAGCACGUUGAUUACAAACAUGCCUACCGUAUACCGCGGAACAAUCGUGCACACGAAAUCUUUAAAUGAAUUUGAGUCGUUUAAUGAAGGCUUUCUAGCUGUAGAAAAUGGAAAGAUAAUUGGCAUUGGCAAUGACUUUAACAAUUGGUUGUCCAGCUCAAAGAUUGAUAGGGACUCGUUUACCGAAGUGAGGUUGUCCAAGUUCCAAUUUCUCUCUCCGGGAUUUUGCGACGGUCAUAUUCAUGCUCCGCAAUAUGCGCAAAUUGGCCUGGGAAUGAGUGUUCCGUUGUUGGAUUGGUUAAACGCGUAUACGUUUCCAACUGAAGCGAAAUAUGUUGACAAAGAAUUUGCGCUGCAGAUCUAUAGGAAUGUUGUUAAAGCGACCCUGCGUUGUGGCACCACUUUGGCCUCCUAUUUCGCUACCAAUGAUUUGGGAUCGACACUGAUCUUAGCUGAGGAAGCGGCACGUCAAGGUCAGCGCGCUCUGAUUGGCAAGGUCUGCUCAAAUUGCAACAGUCCAGACUUCUAUGUAGAAACGACAGACGAAUCGGUUGACGGAACGCAAGCAUUUGUUACGGCAAUACGCAAACUGAACAAUCCCCUUGUGCUGCCCACAAUAACCCCACGAUUUGCGCUGAGCUGCAGCAAAGAUCUACUGCAAAAACUGGGUGACAUAGCCAAACAAAAUGAUUUGCAUGUGCAGAGUCAUAUUAGUGAGAAUUUGGAUGAGAUAGAGGCGGUAAAGCAGAUCUUUAACACUAGCUAUGCGAGUGCUUAUGAUGAUGCAGGACUUUUAACCAAAAAGACUGUCAUGGCCCAUGGAGUGCAUUUGCAGGAUGACGAGAUUGCUUUGCUUAACCAGCGUGGAACUGCCAUUAUUCAUUGCCCUGCAUCCAAUACCAAUUUAAAUUCGGGCAUCUGCGAUGUACAACGCCUAAUUAAGGCUGGACUAACAGUGGGCCUAGGAACGGAUGUGUCCGGAGGUAAUUCUGUAUCUGUUCUAACUGCCAUUAAGCGUGCAAUAGAUGUCUCCAAACAUCUUGCCUUCUUUAAGAAGCAAGACAUUUUGGGCACGGGGAAAGCUCAAAAUCCAGAUAACGACUACCAGCAAUUGUCGUACAAACAGGCUUAUUAUUUAGCUACCUUGGGUGGGGCUAAAGCAUUGGCUCUGGAUCAUAUAACCGGUAACUUUUCCGUUGGUAAGGAUUUCGAUGCCUUGCUCGUGGACGUUAGUGUGCUGGAGAAACCACAUCGUGCCUUUACUGUCGACGAGCUCUUGGAGAAGUUCAUUUUUACUGGCGAUGACCGCAAUAUAAAAGCUGUAUUUGUGGCGGGCAAUCUUGUUAAAGGCUCAAUAUAAAAUAAUAAUCAAAUAAGAAUUCUAUGAUUGCUAACAAUAGCUCUUCGCAGAGAAAUGCAUAUAGAAUUUAUUACGUUUUUAUGUAUAUUCAUGGGUCUAAUUUAAAUGCUGAAAAUAAAGAG